GAGGUAUAGAUGGUGGAGGAACUCCUGUGCAUCCAGAAGCUCAGUCCUGAGAGCCGCCCGCUUGUCCAGACACGACACAACAACCCAACAGAGACCUACACACUCUCUCUCUCCAACACUGCUCCACUCCUCCGCUGGUCCUCUUCUCUUCCCGUGUCCAGCGUUCAAUCAGUAAAGGCAUCCGUCGCCCUCCACUUUUACCUGCUGACCUCCGUCACGCUCCUCUCCGAUCUCCUGUAGAUCACAGCAUCAACCAGCACUACGUGUUGAAGCAGACGGUUGCUCCUGAGCCUCAGAGGUGAAGUGGUCAUGAUGCGGCGCUCACACUCCCUUCCGCUCCUCCUCCUCCUCACCCUCACCCUCUUCCUCCUUGGAAUCGCCCUGGCCGGCACGUCCAGCACCCGGAGGAGCAGAGUGAGGCGUCAGAACAUGAAGGUGCGUAUCAACGCCACAGGAGACACCAUCAUUAUGAAGUUUGUGCGUCCCAACCCAGACACCAAGCUUGAGGGGUAUAUCCUGGGCUACGGCAGCAGCAUGUUCUCCAAACAGUUCAUCCAGCUGCCUGAGAAUGGACAGCCAUACCAGACUGAAAUUGACGCUGAGCCCAAGUACCUCAUCGCUGUCCAGCCCAUCCCAGUCAACGAUGUGAAGAAACAGUGUACAGGUAAAGUGGAACUCAACAAGCCACUGCAUCUGGUCAUUGGAUCGGUGACCCCAACCUCUGUGCUGCUGUCCUGGGGGACCCUGCUGAAGACCCCCUAUGAGGCCAAUGUUAUGAAUGACUGCCUGGAGGAUGGACACUACACCGUGCGUUACCGUGAGAGGAGCAGGAAAUGGAACUACCAGACCUGUCCCACCAGCGACACAGUCAUUGACAACCUGAAGCCCAACACAGCCUAUGAGUUUGGGGUCCAACCUAACUCUAAAGACGGCACUGGCGUGUGGAGCAAACCCGUCAUCCACAACACCAACAUAGGUGAUAAAUCAAUCCAGAAACCUUUUAAACAACGCCCUGUGAAGCCUGUGAAACCUUUCAUGCCAGGCUCACGAUCCUUCCCGUUCCCUGCUCACCAUGUUCUUCAUAACAGAACCCAGGGCAGACUGCCCCUCUUUGGAAAUGUAGCCCCAAAGACAACCAUCGCUCCAACAUCUACUACUAGGCAGGAUUCCUGGUCAACUCCCGGACCCACAAUGCCUCAGGUCACCAAACAGUCCAUUGGUGCAGGUGAAAGGUCCAGAUCUGUCCUCCCUCCUUUUCUGGAUGUCCCUCUAGCUCCAAAGCUUCUUCCUCUGCUGCCCCUUCCCACCACCAUUUCCUCUACACCAGUCUCUCAGACACAUGGAGAGAGGCAUACAGGAAAUAUCCAAACUCAACCACAGUUCAAACCCAGAGUUCAGCCACAAACUCUAUUAGAGACCCAUCCCAAGUCUGAACCCCGAUCAGUACCCCAACCUCCCCCACAGCACAAGCCAAAACCUCAAUCAAAAACAGUACUGAAGACCCAUCCUCAGUCCCAAUCCCAUGCUCCUAUUAAGCCCACAACAGAAUAUGAAACAAAGACCCAAAUCAUACCUGUACCUCAAACCCAAGCUCAGCCUAAACCUAUAGCAGAACCUGAAGAAAAGACCCCAACUAAACCUGCACCCAAACCUCAGCCUAAACCUAACCCAGAACUGGAACUUAAGACCCAAACAAAACCUGUACCUCAACCUCAGCCCAAACUUGAUCCAGAAUGGGAGCCAAAGACCCAUACAAAAUCUGUAGCCAAACCUCGGCCAAAGACCCAGCCCCAGCCCCAUUCACAGCCUCAGCUUAAGCCUAAAAUGGAGCGAGAGCCAAAGACCCGACCCAAACCUGUAUUUCAGUCCCACCCACAGACUAAGCCAAAACCUCAGCUUAAGGUCCAACAUAAACCUGUAAUCCAACCUCAGCCUAAACCAGAACCAGAACCAAAGGCCCAAUCCGGACCUGUUCCCCAGCCUCAUUCUAAACCUAAACCAGAACUGCAAUCAAAGACCCUGCCCAAACCUCUGCCCCAACCCCAACCACAGCCUACACCUAAACCAGAACUAGAAGCAAUGGUCCAACCCAAACCUGUAAUCCAACCGCAGCUUAAAUUUAAACCCAAACCAAUAAAAAAGACCCAGUCUCAAUCCCACCCUCAAUCUAAGCCUACAACAGAAUCUGAACCAAAGACCCAAACGAAACCUAUGUCCCAACUCCAACCUCAACCUAAACCUAAAUCAGGACCUGAAACAAAGACCCAGGCCCCACCUGUGCCCCGACCUAUCCCUCAGCCUGAGCCUCAGACCAGGACCCGAUCUCAGCCUGCCUGGGUCGGCCCGAGACAGCUGGUCCCUACUGCGCCUAGCCAACCAGAGGAGGGCAAGCCUCUGCCAAGACCCGCCCUGGCAGCAGAGAGCGCCAAUGGUAACAAUCAGGGGAAUGUCAUCCGGAUAACAUCCGCUGCUGCUGUCCCUCGCUCUACUGUUAGCUCGCCAGUUACACCGGUAACCAGAAACACCAUGGUGUCUCGCCUACGGGACUCUCCUCCCUCCACCACUAAUGGCCUCAGACCCUUCUCUCUACCCAGGGGGUCCUCCAACUCCUCCCUCAGCUCCAUCACGCCUGGGGCAGCCAGUGGAGAGCGUCGUAAGGACCUUGCUCUUCCCAAACCUGCCGUGUGGUCCAAAGAUGAACAGGGUUCUCCUGCAGUUCUGCGGCCCUCUCCUCCGGUUAACAAGAGGCUCAACCUGGUGGGGAAACCCGGGGACCACGAUAAACCCAUGGACCUCAAACAGGGAGAUAAAGAGUCCAUCUUGAAGCCGUUCCCUCUGGUCACAGCCAAGCCCAAGCAAGAGCGCAAGCUGACAACCACCUCCCCUCCAGCUCUUAACAGCAGCCAUUUCGACCUGUUCGAUAACUCCUCUAUAUUCAGCUCCAUACCCGCAUCAGAGGUGGAUGCCAUGGGGAAGAAACGCUUUGUAGCUCCUCACGUGAUCUACAAGACCGACAAAAAGCCGCAUGAGCCGUGCUCCAUCACCACCUCCCUCACUUACUUCCCCGAUGAGGAGGCGGGCGAGCAGAACGUGACGGGUCCCCCGCGGUCACCCCCCUCCAACCUCACUGUGGUCACGGUGGAGGGUUGCCCAUCCUUCGUCAUCCUGGACUGGCAGAAAACGGACAAUGAGACGACAGAAUAUGAGGUCAUAUCCACCACGCAAGGGCCCAACGGCCAGGAGGUGUCCAUACUCACCACCAACCAGACGCACACGGCCGUGGAGAAUCUGAAGCCAGAGAGCAGUUAUGAGUUCAAAGUGAAACCAAAGAACGAGCUGGGCUCAGGACCCUCCAGCGAGCCGGUGUCCUUCAGCACAGAGUCAGCGGAUCCGCGAGUGAGCGAGAAUGUAUCAGGGAAAGAUGCCAUCUGGACUCAAUUCCCAUUUAAAUCGGAUUCCUACUCUGAGUGCAAUGGGAAGCAGUAUGUGAAGAGGACUUGGUACCGCAAGUUUGUAGGCAUCCAGCUCUGCAAUUCCCUGAGAUACAAAAUCUACCUGAGCGACUCGCUCAACGGGAAGUUCUACAACAUCGGAGACCAGACAGGACAUGGGGAGGACCACUGUCAGUUUGUGGACUCCUUCCUGGACGGACGCACUGGCACGCAGCUCCUGGCGGACCAGCUGCCCAGCAGACCAGGCUUCUACAGAGCGAUGAGACAGGAGCCGGUCAACUUUGGAGAGAUUGGCGGGAACUCGCAUGUCACCUAUGUAGGCUGGUAUGAAUGUGGCACACCCAUCCCUGGAAAGUGGUAAGAACCCUGGACGGCUAUCCACGGAGCAUCCUGAUGGAGGGAUGAUGACCUCUUUGGAGGCAGAGGAUGAGGAAGAUGAAGACCGAGGAUGGCUGAAUAGGCCUGAACAGAGGUGGGCCUCUCUCUCUCUCUUUUUAGAAACCAUGGACACUGUGGACAGGUCUCUCUGUCUGACGUCAGCCUUCUCUCCUGUGUAUAAAGCUGUACAGAAACCAUUAAUGUGCCACAGCUCUGGAGUGCUUUUGUAAUAUCACAGGCCUAAUUACGAUAUCUAUCACACAUGAUGUCAUGGUAUGAAGGACGGAAUAGAAGCAUUUCUGAGUGAGUCCAAAUGUUAAAUAUGAUCACAGAGAAAAUGUUGGGAAGCUGGCUCCCAAAAUGUAUUAACUUGUAUGUUAUUUAUCAAGGGGUUAUUAAAUAUUCUGUGAGUGCUCUACCGAUGAGACAAAAAAAUGCGUUUUGAUACUUGUAUGGUGAGAAGCAUACACCUGAUUUUUUUUUUACACAGAAAAAAAGCUGUCAAUCAUUCAUUUUACUGUAUAUUUACAGAGUAUGUAAAAUAUAAGUACACAGAUAUACACACAGAUGUGCAGAAUUGACCUCAGUCAUGUUUGAAUAUACCUUCUGCUGGUCCUGUGGGAUUGUUAGCAUUCUCAGUUUGCACAGUAAUAAUACUUUUAUUAUUUAUACAGCACCUUUCAAAAACAAAAGUGCUUUACAAUAAAAACAGAUACAAGUAAAUAAGAUCCAGAACUCAAGCUAUAAAUAAGAUAAUUUAAAUAAUUACAGCAAAUACCACCAGCUGAGUCUUAAGUAGAGAUUUAAAGCAGGAUAGUGAGUUCCCGGUCACCUUUAGUGACAAGUGGAGAUUUUGGGUUAGGGCAGGAACCUGCUGGAGGAUCUCAGACAGCGAUCAGGCUCACAGGGAGUUGGCAGAUCACAGGUAUAAGCUGGAGCCAGACCAUUCAAGCAGUAAAAUCUUUUGUAUCAACUGCAGUAAAAAGUAUUGUUCAUAUAUGUAUAUGGUGUAAAGGGAAGUAAGCCCGGGACCACGGCAGUCAAGUGGAGGUAAAGUAAACAUGGUACGCAACCAAACUGCACCAAGGCUCCAUCAGAUCCUUCAGAGCGAAGAACACAAUGCUAUUUUUGGGUUUUAAAUCGUCCUUGCUGUCUUCAGUUCAGACGUCCCUGACACCAGUAUCAGUUUUAGACUUGAAAAAGGGACAAAAUAUCUUGCAUUGUGCAAAUGGAAUUAGAGCAAAUGACUUAUAUGCUUUUGAGUUUAGAUGUUAUAUGAAUGUACAUAAAGCUUUGAGAUGAUUGGAUUAAAAAGCCCCUACAAAGGAUUUUUUUUGCCACACUUUAUAACUGCAGUUGAAAUUUUGUUUUCAAUAUGCACAUUAUCUAUUUUCAACAAUAAAUACAAAGAUUCUUUUUA